AUCGCUGCGACUCUGUGCCCAACCUAGUCAGUUCAUCAACUUGUUCCUGAGUAGGGCGGUGAAAAAUAAUUGACCAGUAAGGGUGCGCUGACUUGCAAUUGGUGAAUAGUUUUUCAAUCGUAAUUUGGUUUUUAUAUCGGUGACGUUUCAUUCGCAAGCAUCCGAGUCCGCCGGAGCGUUGGAAGAACUCCAACCGGUCUGGCAAAACGAUUCAAGCACACGAAAGUGUUUGUCUAUAACCUGAUCCUACCUAUGAUGCGGUCCAGAAAACACCAUCAAUGACCGACAGGUCUGGCAAAAUGAUUCGAGCACAUGAGAGAGUUUGGUUGUACCAAACACUGAUCAUGUAUUAAAGCCAACCUGCGCAGCCCAGAAAACACCAUCAACAUUCCACUAUGAAAUUGACUUCACUUGCCACUAUUGUCCUGUCUGCAGCAGUGAUGACCAUCGCAUCUGAAUCAGAUCCAUCGCCCCUGCACAAACACUGCGCCCCCGCUAAUACAAUGCAGUGCAAAAAGGACCUGAAUGGUUUCAAUAGUUUCAACGAUUACGCUAUUUGGUGUGGACCAGAAUCUCAAGUUGAUGAAUACGCGGAGUGUCCCUGCCAAGGUUGCUGUCGAGUAGCUGACGAUGGAAAGAGCACGAACUGCAAGGGCAACUAAUACCAUAGCUAGAAAAUCUAUAAUCUUACGGGAAGUGAGAUCUUGCGUAUUGUGUACUUCAUGUCAAAUUAUUCAAGUUCCUCUUCAAUCCAAGUUUCCUCGCGAAGACAGCCAAC